CUCGGCGCGCGAAACAUGGCGGGUCAAGACGCUGCCGGCGGCGGCGGCGGCGGCGACUACGAGGACGAAGGCGACGAAAGCGCGCUCCAGGCGGCCGUGGAAGUGUUCGGGAAGCUGAAGGACCUAAGCUGCCCCUUUCUCGAGGGUCUGUAUAUUACAGACCCAAAGACGAUUCAGGAACUGCUGUGUAGCCCCUCGAAGUACCGUUUGGAGAUCCUGGAGUGGAUGUGUAUACGGGUCUGUCCCUCCAUGCAGAACACAUUCAGCUCGCUGAAGGCGGCCCCGGUGGAGGUGAAGAUCCGAGAGAUGGUGAAACUAGGCCAUGAGCUGAUGCUGUGUGUGUCAGAUGACCAGGAGCUCUUCAGGGGCCGUGCCUGUGCCCAGAAGCAGCUGCACUUUAUGGACCAGUUGCUAGACGCGGUCCGGAGCCUGACCAUUGGGUGUGCCAAUUGCUUGAGCCUGAAGGAGUACUUCGAGGACACCAGGGAGAAAAAUGAGGUGUUGCUGGGGGAGCUAUUCUCCAGCCCCCACCUGCGGAUGCUCCUGAACCCUGAGUGUGACCCAUGGCGCCUGGAUAUGCAGCCCCUCCUCCACGAGCAGAGAGACAACUGGCGAAGGGCUAGCCCCUCUGCCGAGUCAGAGGAGGCGAAGGUGACAGAGCUGGCCAGGCAGCUGCAGGAGAGCACGGCCAAGCUGCAGUCACUGCAGCACAGGCAGGGGGCCUUUGUGGCUGGGGCCGACCCCAGCACCCUGGACCAGAAGCUGCGCCUGGUCAUCUCCGACUUCCACCAGCUCAUCCUGGCUUUCCUCCAAGUCUACGAGGAUGAACUGGGUGAGUGCUGCCAGCGCCCAGGCCCCAACCUCCACCCGUGCGGCCCCAUCAUCCAGGCCGUGUCCCAGACUCUGACUUCCUGCAGCCAGCUGUUGAGAGCAGUGGUGGAGGCUGCUGUCACCUCUGUGAAAGCCGCGGAGGCAGCCAAGGAGCAGCUGGGAGAGCAGAUCUGCUGGGGCAGCAGCAACUCCAUGAUGAGUCUAGCCACCAAAAUGGAUGAACUAACACGGAAACAUAAGGUCUUCAGCAACAGCCUGCACAAGGCACAGGGCAGAUAGUGUGGUAGCAGGAGGCCCUCCCUGGAGCCUGAGGUGGUGGGAAGGGACGAGCCACCGCAGGAGAAGUAGUUACAGCUCCUUUGGAGGGCAGCGGGCAGAGCUGGAGAGAAAGGAAACCUCAGGCUCCGAGAUGCUGCCUCCAGCCUGCUUUUUGCUUUCGCAGCUCCGUGUCACUCUCCCUUCUCUCUGGCCCAGGCUGCUUGCCCCCUCAUUUGUGUCCAGGGGCCGGGGCCGGGGCCACCUCUGGCUGCAGCGCUCCAGCAGGCCUGGGCUGGGCCCCUCUCCCCAUUGCUGCCACCUCCCAGUUCAGCUCAGUGACGCCAAGCCCCCAAAAUCUCCACUGUACCCUGUUGCCAGCUGUGUGUGAGGAGGGUCCCCACCACCUCCUCCCCCUGGCUGACCUCAGGGUCCCCUGUGAGGACUCCUUGCCGCCCCUCAGUAGUGCUCGUCACCCACCCCUGGGACCCAGCAGGCGGGGACCUGUUCCCGCCUCCUUCCUUCUCAGGGCGCCCAGCACCAGGCUGGGGAAUUCUUAGCGGUGGCUGGACUGGUUGUCCAGGAAGCUGCUCUAGGGCUUCCCAGGGUGACCCAGUAUCUCCCUGAGCUGUGUGCCUGUCACGGCCACCUCCCUCCCUUCAAGCAUGGGAACAGGUGUGGCUGGGGGAGGAAGGGCCUCCUCGCACCUGCCACUGCCUGCCCUGCCCCUUCGCUUCCCCAGGUCCCCCUGUGGGCACCUGCAGCAAGGAGGCCACGGGAAGCUGGGCGCUGGGCCCCCUCCCGCCCAGUCACCUGGGGUGUCUCACAGACCGCUGCUGUGGGAGGCGGGAGGACAGGCAGGCCUGUGGUCACCACUGCCCGGGUGCACUAACUGCUUUACAGGCCGAGAGACUCGAGGGCCGCAGUAGGUAGGGCAACAUCUCAGUCACUGGGCGACACCGAGGCUCCCAUCCUUAAAGAGCGCCCCUAGGAACUUCAUAGGCUGAGCACAGCAUGCACAGGCACCUUGUUCACCCUCCCAAGCCCACUUCAGACUAACAAGAGGGGGAACCUGAGGCCUGGAGAAGGGGACCUGUUACCUUCGUGUGACAUGUCCCAGCAUGGGGCUAGCAACCGAACCCGGGUCUGCCAGGCCUGGCAGCCACAGCCUGGCUCCCAUCAGACUUGCAGACAGGGCUGGACAGAAGGCACGGCUUUUCAAGCGCCGCCAGCUUCCUCGUGCCAGUGAGGACACAUACUUCCAACUUGUGACCUUGCUCAUCGGGAGCCUGUGUGCGGCCGGGAGCCUGCUUUCCAGUCUGUAAACACGGGCGUGCCUCUCAUCCCGGCGGCUGUGAGUUAGCAAGGGGGUGGUGAGCCAGCCGGCUGCACAGGUCCUGCGGCCUCAGGCCUCCCGGUUGCCCAACAGGCGG